AUGGCCGAGGCCCCCCCGCGCCGCCUCGGCCUAGCCCCCCUGCCCGCGGACGCCCCCCGCGCCGAGCUGGUGGCGCUCACGGCGGUGCAGAGCGAGCGGGGCGAGGCGGGCGGGGGCGGCUCCCCGCGCCGCCUGGGCCUCCUGGGCAGCCCCCUGCCGCCGGGCGCGCCCCUCCCAGGGCCGGGCUCGGGCUCGGGCUCCGCCUGCGGCCAGCGCUCCUCGGCCGCGCACAAGCGCUACCGACGCCUGCAGAACUGGGUCUACAACGUGCUGGAGCGACCCCGCGGCUGGGCCUUCGUCUACCACGUCUUCAUAUUUUUGCUGGUCUUCAGCUGCCUGGUGCUGUCCGUGCUGUCCACUAUCCAGGAGCACCAGGAACUUGCCAACGAGUGUCUCCUUAUCUUGGAAUUCGUGAUGAUCGUGGUGUUUGGUCUGGAGUACAUCAUCCGCAUCUGGUCCGCUGGAUGCUGCUGCCGCUACCGAGGAUGGCAGGGCCGUUUCCGCUUUGCCAGAAAACCCUUCUGUGUCAUCGACUUCAUCGUGUUCGUGGCCUCGGUGGCCGUCAUCGCCGCCGGCACGCAGGGCAACAUCUUUGCCACGUCUGCGUUGCGCAGCAUGCGCUUCCUGCAGAUCCUGCGCAUGGUGCGCAUGGACCGCCGCGGCGGCACCUGGAAGCUGCUGGGCUCGGUGGUCUAUGCUCACAGCAAGGAGCUGAUCACCGCCUGGUACAUCGGGUUCCUGGUGCUCAUCUUCGCCUCCUUCCUGGUCUAUCUGGCUGAGAAGGACGCCAACUCCGACUUCUCCUCCUACGCCGACUCGCUCUGGUGGGGGACGAUUACACUGACGACCAUUGGCUAUGGUGACAAGACGCCACACACGUGGCUGGGCAGGGUCCUGGCUGCUGGCUUCGCCUUACUAGGUGUCUCCUUCUUUGCCUUGCCUGCUGGCAUCCUUGGCUCCGGCUUUGCCCUGAAGGUGCAGGAGCAGCACAGGCAGAAGCACUUUGAGAAGCGGAGGAUGCCAGCAGCCAACCUCAUCCAGGCUGCAUGGCGCCUGUACUCCACCGACACGAGCCGGGCCUACCUGACAGCCACUUGGUACUACUAUGACAGCAUCCUCCCGUCCUUCAGAGAGCUGGCCCUCUUGUUUGAGCACGUACAACGGGCCCGCAAUGGGGGCCUACGGCCCCUGGAGGUACGGCGGGCGCCAGUACCCGAUGGAGCGCCCUCCCGUUACCCGCCCAUUGCCACCUGCCACCGGCCAGGCAGCACCUCCUUCUGCCCUGGGGAAAGCAGCCGGAUGGGUAUCAAAGACCGCAUCCGCAUAGGCAGCUCCCAGCGGCGGACAGGCCCCUCCAAGCAGCACCUAGCACCUCCACCGAUGGCCACUUCCCCGAGCGGCGAGCAGGUGGGGGAGGCCAGCAGCCCCACCAAGGUGCAGAAGAGCUGGAGCUUCAAUGAUCGCACCCGCUUCCGGGCCUCCCUGAGACUCAAACCCCGUGCCUCCACUGAGGAGGGCCCCUCGGAGGAAGUGGCAGAGGAGAAGAGCUACCAGUGUGAACUCACAGUGGACGACGUCAUGCCCGCUGUGAAGACGGUCAUCCGCUCUGUCAGGAUCCUGAAGUUCCUGGUAGCCAAAAGGAAAUUCAAGGAGACGCUACGACCAUACGACGUGAAGGACGUCAUCGAGCAGUACUCAGCAGGGCACCUGGACAUGCUGGGCCGGAUCAAGAGUCUGCAGGCCCGGGUGGACCAGAUUGUCGGCCGGGGCCCCGGGGACCGGAAGGCCCGGGAGAAGGGCGACAAAGGGCCCUCCGACACAGAGGCGGUGGAUGAAAUCAGUAUGAUGGGACGCGUGGUCAAGGUGGAGAAGCAGGUGCAGUCCAUCGAGCACAAGCUGGACCUGCUGUUGGGCUUCUACUCGCGCUGCCUGCGCUCUGGCACCUCGGCCAGCCUGGGCACCGUGCAAGUGCCGCUCUUCGACCCCGACAUCACCUCCGACUACCACAGCCCUGUGGACCACGAGGACAUCUCCGUCUCCGCACAGACGCUCAGCAUCUCCCGCUCGGUCAGCACCAACAUGGACUGA